AUGGCGCCAGUGAGAGAGGGGAACAGAACAGCCGUCCCAGAGUUCAUCCUGCUGGGGUUGGAAAAGGGACUCGAGCUCCAGCUGGUCCCCUUCCUGAUACUCCUGAUGAUUUACAUGGUAACCAUGCUGGGAAACAGCUUCCUGGUCCUCCUUAUCGGUGCCAACUCUUCCCUCCACUCUCCCAUGUACUUCUUCCUCAUGAACCUGUCGCUCGUAGACCUCUGCUACUCCACCGUUAUUGCCCCCAGAGCCAUGGUGAGCUUUCUGGCUGGAAGCAAAGCUAUUUCCUACAAUGGAUGUGCCACCCAGUUCUUCUUCUUUGGCCUCUUCAUCACAACCGAAGCAUUUCUCUUGGCGGCGAUGGCGUACGAUCGGUUCACCGCCAUCUGCAACCCGCUGCUGUACCCCAUCACCAUGUCCAAGUGGGUUUGCAUCCAGCUAGUGGCGGGGUCGUACGCCUGCGGCUGUGUGAAUGCCAUGGUGCAAACCGGCUUCACCUUCACGCUGGACUUCUGCGGGUCGAAAGAGAUUGAUCAUUUCUUCUGCGAUGGCCCUCCAGUGAUUAGUCUCUCCUGCAGCGACACCUACAUCAUUAACCUUGUGAUGUUUGCCUUGUGUGGCCUCGUCAUAGCCAGCACUGCCUUGACGGUGCUCAUCUCCUAUGUGUAUAUCAUCUCUGCCGUCCUCAGAAUUCGCUCCGCGGACGGCCGCCACAAAGUCUUCUCCACGUGCUCCUCCCACCUGAUAGUUGUGAUUUUUUAUGGGACUACAGCAUUCAUGUACAUCCAGCCCACUUGGAUAUCUUCUCUCUACCCCAGGAAAGCUGUGUCAGUGUUCUACACCUUUGUCAUCCCCAUGCUGAACCCUUUCAUCUACAGCCUAAGGAACAAGGACGUGAAAGAUGUUUUGCAACGGGCCAUGGGUCACAAAUUCUUAACACAAUGA